UGUAUUUCUAAUCAACAUCUUUUUCAGAUAACCAGCUCUCAAGUGUUGCAGUCUUUCAUAGAUAGAAUAAAUGAAGUGAAUCCGAUCUUGAAUUGCGUAGUCGCCGAACGUUUCGAGGAAGCAAAGAAGGAGGCCCAACUCGUCGACGACCUCAUCAAGUCUGGAGUUAUACCGGAAGAAAAACUCGCCCAGGAGAAACCCUUCUUGGGAGUUCCUUUCACAACCAAAGACUGUAUUUCAAUCAAAGGUAUGUUACAUUCCUCUGGUCUGGUGAGACGCCAGAACAACAUCGCCGCUGAAGAUGCUAAAGUUGUUGCAAGUUUGCGAAAUGCUGGAGCUAUACCCAUUGCUUUGACAAAUGUUUCGGAGUUGUGCAUGUGGUGGGAGAGUGCCAACAAUGUUCAUGGUCGCUCAAAUAACCCCUACAAUACAAAUCACAUUGUCGGAGGAUCUUCCGGUGGUGAAGGAUGCGCACAGGCUGCUGCAGUAUCUGCUUUCGGUAUUGGUUCAGACAUAGGAGGGUCCAUCCGAAUGCCUUCCUUCUUCAAUGGUAUCUUCGGACACAAACCUUCUCCUUUCGUGGUGCCCAACCAUGGUCAGUAUCCUAUUCCAGUGACAGAAGAACAAAAUCGAUUCCUGGGUUUGGGACCCAUGUGCAGGAGGGCUGAAGACCUGCUACCUCUCAUGAAAAUCAUCACCAACCAAAAUGGUGUCACGCUCAGACUGGACGAUCCAGUUGAUGUCAAGAAACUGAAAUGGUUUUAUCAAGAGACUGACACUGGUUCAGUGAUGGUUUCGGCGGUGGCUGGAGAAAUUAGAGAGUUGUUUUCGAAGAUUGCAAAGCACCUGGAUAAAGCUCACGGAGUUAAAGCAACAAAGGUUUCCUACAAACGAUUCAGCAAAAGCAGUCCAAUGUGGUUUGCCAACAUGAAAUCUCCAAAUGGACCAAAAUUCCAAGAACAACUGGCCAAUCUCGAUGGCUCCAUAAAUCCAUAUAUGGAACUUCUCAAAUGGGUCUUUCGUCAAUCCGAACAUACCUUCAUUGCGAUUGCCACUUGUUUACUUGAAAACGGAGGCAUCAAGCAUGGCGACGAAAAGUACGACUAUCUAGUGAAUGAGAGAAAUGAUCUCCGAAGAGAACUUCUGGACCUUCUUGGAGAUGAUGGGGUGUUUCUGUACCCCACGCAUCCCACGGCUGCUCCUUAUCACAACGAACCUCUCAUUAAACCCUUCAAUUUCAGUUACACUGCUGUGAUAAAUGUCUUAGGACUUCCUGCCACUCAUUGCCCCAUGGGGUUGGACAAAAAUGGCCUCCCGAUUGGUGUGCAGGUUGUGUCUGCAGAAGGAAAUGAUAGGCUAUGUUUGGCUGUAGCGCGGGAGCUGGAAAAAGCGUUCGGAGGAUGGGUGCCACCUGCCAUAAAGGUCUAAGGAGUUAUUAAUUUUUGCACAAUGCCUUUACGAAUUAGGGUGAACUAUUGGUGUCUGAUUUUCUAAUAGGUGCUUCAGAUAUUUUUAUUGAAAAUUUUGGUUGUUGAAGGCUUUUACGUUUGUUCUCUACUGAAAAUUCAGUUCUCAUGAUUUCUAUAAAACGUUUCAUUUUUCAUCUUGAUUAAACAUUAUUAAA